GAAUUUUACUAGGGGCAUUGUUUCUCGAAUACUACUCUGAUUCACGGGCCGCAAUACAUAAAUAUGUUUUAAUGCCUAUAAUUCGUUCGACUUUAGACGCGGAGCAGGCGCAUAAAUUUGCGGUGUGGAGUGCGAAAUGGGGGUUAAUUCCUCGAGAUAAAGUGCCUGAUGAUGAACGAUUAGUAGUUGAGGUUUGGGGUAAGAAAAUAUCAAAUCCGGUAGGAUUAGCUGCCGGGUUUGAUAAGAAUGGUGAAGCUGUCGAUGGUAUGUUUGAUUUGGGAUUUGGUUAUGUGGAGAUUGGAAUAUCAACUCGUCUUAAUCAACGAAUCCGUCGAUAUCUUUACAAUUCUGCUAAAUUACAUCCCGAAGAAACUGCAUCUCUAUUAUCCACUUCUAGUGACGGAUUCGUUUCUUUAUCGGACGCAUUAGGUACAAAUCGGAGUCUCCGAAAGGACCGAUUACUAGGUAUUAAUCUCGGUAAAAAUAAAACAAGUCCACCGGAUCUCGUGGAUGAUUAUGUGAAGGGAAUUAGGAGAUUAGGUAAAUUUGCGGACGUGUUAGUGGUGAAUAUUAGUAGCCCGAAUACUCCAGGAUUACGAGGUUUACAGCGUAGAGGGAUACUUGAAAAUUUACUGAAAGAAGUGAUUGAUGCUCGCAAUAGUUUAAAUGAUCCAAAGCCUCCCCUUUUGGUCAAAAUUGCACCGGAUCUUUCAAAUGACGAGUUGCAAGAUAUUGCACAUGCAGCAUUACGUAGUGGCAUUGAUGGACUAAUAGUCUCAAACACUACCAUCUCAAGACCAGAAACACUUGAUAGUGAUCCAUUAUUAAUAUCAGAAACUGGAGGUAUGUCAGGACCACCACUCAAACCACUAGCAUUACACGCAUUACGCGAACUCUACAAGCACACACAAGGUAAGUUAACACUUGUAGGGUGCGGCGGCAUUAACGACGCACAAGAUGCUCUAGAAUAUGCACGAGCUGGUGCAACCCUUGUGCAAUUGUAUACCAGUUUUGGGUUUGAUGGUGUUGGCAAGCCGAGAGAGAUCAAAGAUGGGAUUUUACGCGAAUUGAAGGGAAAACGCUGGGUGGAUGUUAUUGGUGAGGAUUGGAAACAUGAAUCUAAAGCAUGA